AUGUUCCAGCAGGCCGCUUUGAAUCAAACAAAUUCAGUUGUCAACGAUGUGAUGAACAACAACAAUAACACCUAUCUCAUCGAUUACUUGUCCUAUCCUUUGGAGUUUGUUCUUCACUUUGUUGGCCUCAUUAUAACUAUUUUUCUUGUAAGCAUUGCUAAUCGUCUCAAAGAAUUUCAUCUAAACUUGAGGUUUUUACUUUCUAUAGCUUGUGUCCUCUUUCUUGUUACAGUUAUUACCAGACUAAUGUGGUUAGUCAGCAAAUUUACAGGUCUAUUGGUAAUACUGUAUCCCUUUCUGACGUUGAUGGUUACAAUCCACGACGAUGCGUUUAUGGCAUUUACAGUCACUCUGUUGCUUGCGACUUUUGAGCGUCUUUUAGCUACUUGUUCGAUCUCCACCUACGAACGACGGUUUCAGUCAAAGCCUUACUUAUACAUUGUCGCGAGCUUAUUGAUAGGGACAGUGAUAUGCAUAGAGGUAUUUGUUGAGGGAGGUCUGAGGAAGCAUUCUACUACAGUAUUCAUCCCGAUAAUGAUCUGCAUGAGUGUUACUUCCUUAUUGGUAAACCUCUGCUCAUACUAUCUCAACAGACGCUUCCUCGGACUGAGCAUUUGCGCUGCACUUUCACAUAAAUAUCAGCGGAGAGAAAAUUUGUCUGCCCUGGCUCUGCUGGUCCCCAUAACCACAUUGUGGUCGAUGGUCAACAUUGUGCAGAUAAUAUGUCUGAGCAUCAUGUACUCCGAUAAGAUGCGUGAACCGGGACACGAAGCUUUCAUAAAACUGGCUGCUCACAUGUUUACGCAGGUCUCAGCUCUUUUUUCGCUUGUUGCACCAAUCAUUCUCAUAUAUCGUCACCCACGAUUUCGAUACAAAAGCGAACUGAUUCUUUGCAAACGCGAUCGGAGGACUCUGCCACGGCUUUCGCCGAAGAGAGAAACUGAGGCGUACUUCCUCGCCUUAACAAAUUCAUUAAAUCCCAAUAUUAUGGGGAGAAAUCGUAGAAAUGUCUAA